GUGAUCGUAUGUGAUGAGGAACGAGUAGCAAGUGAAUAGAAGUGAUAGAGAGGAAAAGGGAGGCGGUUGUAAACGAUCGAACGUUUCAGCGAAACGGUGUGUUAAAUGACGAGGUGGUCCAGGAGGUGGAGGUGGUGGCGGCCCGGUAAUACGUGGUAAAACGUUCGGGGCGAGAGAGAUUCGGGGAAGGACAGGGUCGCCACCGCACGGGGAAGAAGCGACAGCGGCGUGGCAGAUGAGAUGUGAAGCACGAGGACUACGCGGCGUGGAGCUGGCGGGAGCGAAGGCGGAAGUUGAGAAGCCGAAGCUGCCGAAGGCGGUCGCAGGGGCGGCGGCAGCUCGAGGGGGCACCUGGCGGGGGCCGCCUGAGAUGACGACCCUGCGACGGGGUAUCGUGGCACCCCGGUACAAUACUUACGUUCUGGUUUCGUUGAUCGGACUGUUGCUUCAGACCCAGUCUGCAACUGGCGGUAUAUGCUGGUCUUCCAUUAGCAACGGUCGUUGUAAGGAAUUAUUGUCACAAGGAGUGACAAAGGAAGAUUGUUGCGCGUCGAACGCUGCAGCGGCGACCGCGUACUCGGAGGAAGAUCUCGAUAGCGGAAGUCUCUUUUUUUGGAGGGUGCUUGGUGGAGGUGUGCAGUGUCGUCCUUGCAGAGAAAGCUGCACGGAAGUAAGGUGUGAGGAGGGGAAGAAGUGCGUGGUGCGUAGAGGAAGACCAAGGUGUGUGUGCAGCCCUGAGUGCAAGGCACCAAGAGGCGGUGGUCCAGUCUGCGGGACGGACGGCAAAAGCUACAAAAAUUUGUGCAGACUGAAGAAACGCGCUUGCAAGAAAGGAAGCCACGAACUAGCGGUUGCCUAUAACGGCCACUGCCAAAGUUCGUGCGCACGGGUCCGGUGCGGCCAAGGCCGGAGCUGCCUGCUGGACCAGAACCUGAGCCCGCACUGCGUGAGGUGCGCCCGCAGGUGCCCCCAGCCGCCCCCGCAACAACGAGCCGCCGCACGCCCCGUUUGCGGGGCCGACGGAAACACAUACAAGAGUGCCUGCCACCUGCGACUUGCCGCCUGCCGCGCAGGUCGCGCCAUUCCCGUCGCCUAUAAGGGCCACUGCAAACAGAACGCAGACUGUACCACGAUUCGUUGUCGCGAGGGGCAGACGUGUCUGUCGGAGAUGAAGUCGGGCCGGCCACGUUGCGUGACCUGCACCUAUCGUUGUCCCCGGAAGAGGGAGCGCGUCCGGAACCGGACACACCGUGAUCGAGACCCAUCGGCGACCAUGUUGUGCGCCACCAACAAUAUCACCUAUCCAAGCUGGUGUCACAUCGUCAAGGACGCCUGCGUUACCGGCUUCGUCCUCGAGACGCGACACGCCGGCCCCUGCAACGCCUACGACACCUCUCCUCUCUAUAUCGAGGAGGACAACACCUCGAGCAACUAUGGCGUCGAUCUGGCGGACGAGGACGCGAGAUUCGAGGACACGGAUUCCCUAUCGUACAACGGCCAGACCCAUCGCUCUUUGGCGUUGUCGUAGCCCGCGAUCGAUCGAUCGAUCGGUCGAUCCUGUGUGACCGACGCGACACACGAGUCGUACAUUUUCUCCGUAGGUGCUCGCUACUAGGCCAAGGAACCACGCGGAUUGGUGUCGCGGAGGAAACGCGUAUUGAUAUUAUCUAUACUUAUCAUCGAUCUUCUGAUCUUUCUGAUCAGGGAAGAACGAUCGGAGAGGAUAAUUACGAUAAUAAUUAUAUUAAAUUCCAAACGCGAAAUUGGAGGAAAUUAAAUUAUGAAACUGUUCGUUAGGUUAGGUUAGAGUUGCGCGAUUAUUAUAUGGAUUAAGUUUCGUGUUGUAAGGUUUGAUCUAGAUAAUAGAUCGUAUUAGGGAAAUGUCACGCGAGAAUUGCCACGUGUGAAUUUCCCCGGUCGUAGCUUCCGGGGAACUUGGAGGAACGACGGAGGGCGGACACGUUUUCUUUGUGCUUCCUCUUUUCGAAAGGUGACACGCAAUUUUGGAACGUCAUUAAAUCUCGAGGAUGGCGAGAUAUUCGUGCCGGAUAUGUAUAGAUUAAGGGCAGAUCAGUAUUCUUUUCUCCGUUUUUCGGGAGGAUUUCGAGGUUUCGCAGGUUCGUUCGCGCAUUAGGCGACAUUAUUCUUCCUCCUCAUCCCUCCCCCCCCCCCCACCUCCACUUCUUCUCUCGUUUUAUUUUAUUUUAUUCUGUUUUUCAUCUCAGAAGGAAGCGGAAAGCCAACGAAUCGAGACUAAUUAACACUUUCGUGAUCGAAGCACGCGAUAAACGCGUGUUACAUGAGGGUAACGUGUCGCGUUUGCUACCUACCAGGAGCCAUUUAAGCAGAGAACGUGAUUUAUCUACCCAUCUUUAUUUUAUUCUUUUCUUUGCUCGACAAACUCUGUCCCAUGGGUCUGAUUUUGCGGAAUGCAAACUUCUCCAUGGCCUACCAUCCACGCGAAACAAUUAACGUUCCUGACAGCCGCAAAAGUGUUCCAAGAAACGGGGAUACGUCGCGACACCCCGCAUUGUAAAAAUACAAGAUUGGAAUUACUUUGCAAUAACGCCAAUUCUCGCUUAAAAAGGAGAUACAAUUAUUUCUGAGAUAUUUUACAAGGAAACGCGUUUCUUUGGCGUCUCGAACGGUCUCCUUUACGCUGUUCCAAUGCCCUUUAUUUAUCUGUUAAUAAUAACGAGACGUCUCUCUCAAAAAAAAAACAAAAAAAAAAGAAAUUUUCACGAAAAAACUAUUCGUAUCGAUAAAUAUUUAGCAUUACGAUAUUCACAAUUUCUAUUCGUAAUAUUUGAAUAGGAUUUUUGUAAUAAAUAAUUCUCUAUUUAUCCACCAUGUUUAAGAUUCGUUUAUAUUUCUUUAUUUAGAGAAUUUUAUGUUAUGUAAUAUUUUGAAAUUGCACUAAUGUUAUUCGAAUAAUUGUUCCUACAAUACAUAAUUGUAUAGUCAAUCGCGAUAUUUAAAAUUCGAAUAUAAUUUGUAAAUAAACAACUCGGCAUUUAUUUCUAUUGUUCCGAAACAAAUUUUCGUAAUGCACUAAUUGAUCAUUUGCAACAUUUUAAAAAUUCCGUAUCUUUAAUAUAAUUAACUUUAAUAUAAUUAACACGUUGAUUAUAUUUGCGAUAUUCAAAUAUUAUAAUUCAAAUUAAUUAAUUUUAAAAUUUUGAGAAAACGCAAUACUCAAUUUCGUUGAUUUUCUGAUCAAUACGAGUAUAAAAAUUAUUUUAAUUCUUCGAAGAAUAAGCGGGAACCUAUGAUACCUCUAUUGUUGCAAUCCGAAUACAUGAAACCAAUCACGAAAUAAAAAAAAAAGAAAAAAAGAAAAAAAGAAAAAGAAAUUCCGGCCGGAUAAUUUCAUUCUUGCGUGGUGACAUGUGCGAUGACAUUACAAAUCCGAAUGGCAAUAAAUUUAUACUCAUUUCGACAUUUACGCGAGACUACUUGUGCAAUUCGGUAUUGGAUAUUUCUAUCCAGCCUUUGUCUCAUGUAUUCUGUUCGCCUAUUUCGAGGCUACGCGAACCGGAAUGGACCGUAUUUAUCAGAUGAGAUCUGUCUAUCGUCGCUAGAAGCAAGGUGCAGAAAAGUAAAAAAAAAAAAAAAAAAAAAAAGAAAAA